CUGAAGCAGGAAAGUGACCACAGUCAAUCGGAACCAAACAAAAGAUCCCUCAAUGAUGACGAAUCAGAAUGCGUCUCUGAGUCACGUGAACACACGACAGCAACUACAGAGGAGGAGGGGCCGGAGCAAAGUGUUUCCGUGGGAGAGACGCCGUGCGUGCGCAGACAUGGCUGCUGUGUGAUGAAGCUGGAACAGCAGACUGAACUUUGAGGAGGGACACAAGUAUUGAUCCUGACACGUUUAGCGUCGAUUCGACACCAGUACAAACGCCUGUAUCCGUUAUAUCGCUGUUUGGAUCGAUCCGCUCAGCCCCAGUUGAGCAGCAAUGUGUAUAGUUCAGAACCUGAGAGAGUUCAUCAAGGAGAGACUCACUGCUGUUUGUGUAGAAAUCUUCUCAGAGGUUCAAAAAACCAUCGGCCAUUAUGAGGAGGAGAUCAGCCGUCACCGCAGACUGCUGGAUAUCAGCCGGAAACCCGACACAAACUCACACAUCACAGACCUCCCACAACUGGAUGACUGCGAGGAAGAGCACAGUCUGAACAAACAGCAGAUCAGCAGCUGGAAGAGGAACUCCAGUCUGGACCAGGUGGACCCAGAGCAUCCACAGAUUAAAGAGGAACAGGAAGAACUCUGCUGGAGUCAGGAGGGAGAGCAGCUUGGACUGAAGCAGGAAGCUGAUGGCAUCUGGCCUGAUGAAGAGCGGUUCAGACUGCUGGAGACCAUCUGGAAACCUGAGAUAAAGUUACACAGGAUAGGCCUCCAACAGCAACAUGUCUUUGAGGAGGAGAUUUUUAAAAAGCAGCAGUUCUGUAACAAGGAGAGGAACUCUAGUCUGGAUGAGGAGAACACAGAGCCUCUACAGAUUAAAGAGGAACAGGAGGAACUCUGCAGCAGUCAGGAGGGAGAGCAGGUUGGACAGAGACAGGAGGCUGAUGUCUUCAUGGUGACUCUUACUUAUGAGGACAGUGACCAAAGUGUUGCAGAACCAAACAGCGAGGACCUCCUUUCUCACAGCGCUCCUGAAGCAGAGCACCAAGGUCAUGAAGAAAGCCAACAUGUGGACUUAGGAUCAACUAGAAAUGCAGAGGUGAAGAAGAGGAGGCAUCAAAGAAACAGAAGUCACAGUCAGAGAGUAGACAGCACUCCUGUGUCAGAGAGACAGAGUGAAACUAACACAAGGAAAAAGUCCAUACAGUGUGAUACCUGUGGAAAAACCUUUCAGCAUAAAUCCAACCUGACAAGACAUCUGAAAAGUCACACAGGGGAUAAACCAUAUUCUUGCAGUACCUGUGGAAAAAGGUUUUCUGACAUGUCAGCAUCCAUAAGGCACAUAAAAGGUCACACAGAGGAGAAACGGUUUCCUUGUAGCACCUGUGAGAAAAGAUUCAAACGGAAACCAGAUUUGGAGCGUCAUAUAAGAACUCACACAGGCGAGAAGCCAUAUCCUUGUAUCACGUGUGGGAAAAGAUUUGGUGACGUGUCUGCAUUCAUAAAGCAUGUCCGUAUUCACACAAGGCCGAAACCAUAUCUUUGUAACAUCUGUGGGAAACGAUUCAAUCAGAAAAUAGAUUUGGUAUAUCAUAUAAGAAGCCACACAGGUGAAAAGCCAUAUUGUUGUAGCACAUGUGGGACAAGAUUCAGUCAGAGGGCAGACUUAAAGACACACAUGAGAAUUCAUGCUGGUUAAAAAUGUCAUGCUUAAAAAAUGUGGCACAGCUGUUAGCUUCAGGGCUUUCAAAUUAUGCCGGCAGCAGGUGCAUUUUCCACCUACUCCACCACUCUGCGCCGUCUACUUUUUCAUUUUCCUAAAAAAAAAUGUUUGCGCCGUCCGCCGUCUCCUUUUCCAGCGCCAUGUGGACACUCGUGGCAAUAUUUACAUUCUUUCAAUCUGAGCCAUUUGAUUGGUUCGUGGCUGCCAUGUGACUAUUUAUAUCGUCUGCUGCUGUCAUGGCUUCUCAUGCACGUAAGAGAAAUAAGAGAAAACAGCAGCCGUCACAAAUGGCCGCCAGGCAUGGGGACCAGAUGAUUGGGUUUAAGAAAUGGUUCAAGCCCAUGUCCAAGGUUGAAAGUAAGUAAUCUAGGUAUACAUGAAGGUAUACAUGAUCAAUGUCAACAAUAGAAUUCUAAUGAUCAGAUGAGAGAAAGGUCGCCGGCCUCAUGGAAUGCGAUCAUCUGCAUGAUUUGAUGAUGAAUUUCAGAGCCGACCAUGCUGUUCGUUCAGGGGCAAGUUUGACAAUAAAAUAAUAUGCAUUAGCAUAGCUUCUGUACUUUUGAAGAUUAACUUUCAAAAUUAUUUAAAAUCA